AUGGCGCCACGAUCAACGGCAGUACACGUUGCCGUUUACUCCGGAGUCGAGGUUUAUGAAUGUUUCAUUAAAGGAGUCUCAGUUAUGCGCAGGCGGCGGGACUCAUGGUUGAAUGCAACACAAAUACUUAAAGUAGCCGAUUUUGAUAAACCACAGAGGACACGCGUGUUGGAAAAAGAAGUUCAAAUUGGAACACACGAAAAAGUACAAGGCGGAUAUGGAAAAUAUCAAGGCACUUGGGUACCUUAUGAACGCGGUAUGGAUCUGGCAACUCAUUAUAAUGUUCUUGAAAUAUUGGGCCCAGUCUUGAAUUUUGAAAUCACAGAGGAUGAUCCUCCUGCUCAGAAAAAGCGAGUUACGAAACCAAAACGACCUUCCACCAGAGGUAAAAGAGGUCGUAAGCCUUCUUCAUUAUCGAAUGCUACCAAUCACCAAGUUCAGGAUAGCUUUGAAUCCUCUCCUGCCUCACCUAUGGUCGCCCCGACUACAAACAACUUAUCUAGCGCUGCAGAGGAACCGACAUCAGUAACACCUCUACCCCCUUCUCCGUCUACUACAUUAUUGUCUCCAAAUGAAGUGAUUCAAAAGGAAGACGAAUCUAGCAUUUUAGAUUCUUCUUUGGAUAAAUAUGAAGAGUCACUUUUAGAUUUUUUCUUGCAUCCCGAAGAAGCACGAAUUCCGUCGUUUUUAUAUUCUCCUCCUCCUGAUUUUCAAGUCAAUAGUGUGAUUGAUGAUGAUGGCCACACAUCUUUACACUGGGCAUGCUCUAUGGGGCAUAUUGAGAUGAUAAAGCUACUUUUAAGGGCUAAUGCUGACAUUGGUGUCUGUAAUCGACUAAGUCAAACACCGUUAAUGAGAAGCGUUAUAUUCACAAAUAAUUAUGAUUGCCAGACUUUUCAACAAGUCUUAGAUUUGCUUCAAUCAACUAUCUACGCUGUAGACUCGUGUGGACAGUCAAUUCUUCAUCAUGUUGUGCGUUCAACGUCAACACCUUCAAAAGUCAAUGCUGCGAAAUAUUAUUUAGAUUCUGUGUUAGAAAAACUGGUCUUAAUCCAGCCUUUUGAAAAUGUUGUUCGUCUAGUAAAUUUGCAAGAUUCGAAUGGUGAUACCGCAUUACUCAUAGCAGCUAGAAAUGGAGCAACGGAAUGUGUCAAUUCUCUUUUGAGCUAUAAUGCCAAUCCUUCUAUUCCGAAUCGUCAGCGACGUACUGCUUCCGAGUAUCUCGCAGAAACAGAUAAAAAAUCACAGGCAAUAGUGCCCGCCUCGAAUGGCAAUUCACUACGGAACGGCUUGCCUUUCUCCUAUUUCGCGCCAACGAUUAUAGUGCCUUCUUGUUCUUCACAUGCUUUUGGUAAGGCUAUACCUUCUAUUUCAGAAAAAUUUUCAGAACUCGCUGAGGAGUAUGAAAUACGUCUUCGGGAAACAGAAGAUGCUUUAGCACGAGCGAAUCGUUUAAAACAAGACACCCAUAGCGAAAUAGCACGAACUUAUCAAGAACUUGCAUUGUUGCAGAAUAAUGACCCUGAUAAUCUGAAUACUUUAGAGCGGUUCAACAUGGCAGAACAAGAUAAAUGUCAAAAUAAGUCUUUGGAGUUGCAAGCCUGGAUGGAGCGUAGACAAUUGUUUGAUCUAAAUGAGUCAAUGAAAGAAGCAAGGCUGUCUACCAGAAACUUGGAAGUUGAACCUAAUGCUGAUGAUAAGGCUUCUUGGGAUAAUAUUAAGCAAAAAUAUGGAAGCAUGGAUGAACGCAGUGCACUUUUGAAUCGAUUGAGUCUAUUGCAAACUUCAAGGAAACAAAUGGCAUUCUAUAUAAGCAAGCAAUACGAAGAAAUGGGCAUUGAUGAUACCGUCAAUAAUUACCGUCGGCUCAUUGGUAUGAGUUGUGGAAUAAAUCCAGAGGAGUUAAGUCUCGAAAUUCUUGAUGCCGUCGAAGAAGCCUUGGCUCGUGACAAGUGA